GGUAGAGGAGACGCUCUGCCCCUCCAGCGCCAUUGAACCGAGUUCAACUCGAUGGUACCUGGAGUUGUUGGGGGGGGUGGAAAAGGCGCCUCUCUGCUCCUCAGGUCCUCCAGGUACCGGUGCCGCCAUGUUGCUCACGGUGAAGGCGCUGCAGGGGCGCGAGUGCAGCCUCGAGGUACCCCCCGAGGCGCGAGUCGGGGAGGUAAAGCGGCUGCUGGGAGAGAGACUUGGGGUCCCCCCCGAGCGGCAGCGGCUCCUGCACCGGGGGAAGGCGCUGGCGGACGACCGUCCCCUCUCGGAUUACGCUCUGGGUCCGUCCCCCCGCCUCAACCUGGUGUUAAAACCAGGAGGGAGUGGCGAAAAAGGGGGGUCGGGAGUUUUGGGGGACCCCCCUCCUGCUUCUUCUCCUCCGCCCCCCCCAACCUCGUUCUUUGCGGGGGGGGCUCUGGCCCGGCUGCUGACGAAACAUUUUGGGGCGCAGGAGGGGCCGCGCGUCCUGCAGCAGCUGCAGAAGGACUACGAGCAGAGCCUCCGCGGCCUCAGCCUGGACGACGUCGAGCGUUUGGGGGCGCGACUGCUGCAGCCCGAGGGGUCCCCCCCUGCCGCCGAGACCCCCCCAUAACGCCGCACCCCAAAAACCCACCUUUUUUUAGUCCCAACCCCCCCCCCCGAACCCCUCCUUGUGCACCCCAAAAUCCCUCUAUUAAUAAA